AUGGCGCACUGUUGGUUAAAAAUUGAGGCCGGAGUGGAUUCCACUGUCAUGCCAGAAAAGUGCCGCGAUGAAUUAAGACCCGAGACGAUGAAGAAGUGCGAGAAUCAACCCUGUUCUUCACCAUGGAUGACGUCCGAGUGGUCCUCUUGUUCGGCGGAGUGCGGCUCAACGUCUGUCAGAAUCCGUCACGUGGAAUGUCGGUCUUCUUUCUGCCUCGGUGAAAUGCCAGCAACGCAUGAGAUCUGCACACAUGAAUGCACUUAUAAAUGGCAGCGCUUCCCGUGGAGCCAGUGUUCGGAUAAAUGCGGCGGAAGAACAUAUAGAACCGUAAUUUGUCUGUCUUCAGAAGGGCAGCAAGUAGCGGAUAGGUGA